UUUGGGGUGAAAGGAGACAGUCAAAACCCUAGUUUCCUUUAAAAACCCUAGAUUCCACUUCCAUAAAUUCUAAUCUCUUUUGCGGCUAUGAAGGUCUUCGAGAUCGAUGGAACCAUUCUCUCUCUCGCCCUCUUCACAGACGUCACCAACUCCAAAGAACUUCUGGAUUCAAUGCAAGCUGGAACGUUGGAACCAGAAGUAGCUUUUCUCAAUGCAUCACUUAUCCCAGAUGUUUUCCCUGUUCUAGCAGCCUCACAUAAAACAAUUCUCUCCAAGUCACGGGAGUCGUUGAAAACACGCACUCUUCAUUCUGAGCUUGUUUACAAUUACUCAGGCUCUAAGCAUAUUACCGAAUCCUUGAAAAGGUUUGGAAUCUCUGAAAGCUCAACUUAUAUCCUCGUGGCUCGUUUGGGUGCUUCUAUCGAUGAGGCUGUAUAUAAACUUAUCAAUGGUAAGGAGACUGAUUUAGAGGAAUUGGAAGGAAGAGCAGAUCAAGCACAGAUUCAAAAGCUCUACAAAAUAUCGAGCCUGGAAUUAGGGAUAUCCUCCCUCGCUGAUGCAAUUACGUGCCGAAUUGCCUCCCGUGAUGCCUUAUGAGGAGUAAAGAGACUGUUUAUAUUUGCUCUUUGUAUUCUUCCCAUGUUCCAUUAUGUCAAUCAUUUGAGUGAUAUUUGUAUCCCUCACCAAAUAGUCUGAUCAUACUUUGCUUGCCUUAAUGCAUGGGAAUGCAUGGAAGUGCAUGUUGAAAGUGGAUAUAUGUUACUGUUCCUCUAUUAAGUUCUGGUUUCAUUCUUGUUUGAUAAUAUAUAA